GGCGGAGAACCCAAGCGCAGCGCCGCAGCCGCUCUGCUAGCGUCCGCGCGGGGGCCAGCAGCGAUGGCCGUGCGCUCCCGCCGCCCAUGGAUGAGCGUGGCAUUGGGGUUGGUUCUGGGCUUCACGGCCGCGUCCUGGCUCAUCGCCCCCAGGGUGGCGGAGCUCAGCGAGAGGAAGAGACGCGGCUCCAGCCUCUGCUCCUACUACGGCCGCUCGGCCGCUGGCCCAGGCGCCGGCGCGCAGCAGCCGCUCCCCCAGCCUCAGCACCGGCCACCGCUGGAGCAGUCGCCGCCCCCCGCACGCCCGGAGCUCCAGGGGCCCCCGUUGCCUGGGGCUGCACUCGGGGUAACCAGUUUUCGGAGCAGCCCCUGGCAGCAGCCACCACCGCUGCAGCAGCGGCGGCGAGGACGAGAAUCCGAAGGCGCGACGGGGCUCCCCGGGGCCCCAAUGGCCGAAGGGGAGCCAGAAGAGGACGGGGGCGCGGCCAGGCAACGGACAAACGGUCGCCCGGGGAGUAGCCACAACGGCAGCGGAGACGGGGGUGCCGCCACCCCGAGCUCCAGACCCCGGGAUUUUCUAUACGUGGGGGUCAUGACCGCACAGAAGUACCUGGGCAGCCGCGCACUAGCAGCGCAGCGGACCUGGGCACGCUUCAUCCCCGGCCGCGUGGAGUUCUUUUCUAGCCAGCAGCCCCCCAACGCCGGAGUUGGCCAGCCCCCGCCACCCCUGCCUGUCAUCGCACUGCCAGGGGUGGACGACUCCUAUCCACCCCAGAAAAAGUCCUUCAUGAUGAUCAAGUACAUGCACGACCACUACCUGGACAAGUAUGAGUGGUUCAUGCGCGCCGACGACGAUGUCUACAUCAAAGGUGAUAAGCUGGAAGAGUUUCUUAGAUCAUUGAAUAGCAGCAAACCUCUCUACCUGGGCCAGACUGGCCUGGGCAAUAUUGAAGAACUUGGAAAGCUGGGGCUGGAACCUGGUGAGAACUUCUGCAUGGGAGGACCUGGUAUGAUCUUCAGUCGAGAAGUUCUCAGGAGGAUGGUGCCACAUAUUGGUGAAUGCCUCAGAGAAAUGUACACGACUCAUGAGGAUGUGGAAGUAGGAAGAUGUGUACGACGUUUUGGUGGGACUCAGUGUGUCUGGUCUUAUGAGAUGCAGCAAUUAUUUCAUGAAAAUUAUGAACACAAUCGGAAGGGUUAUAUCCAAGACCUUCAUAACAGUAAAAUCCAUGCAGCCAUAACACUUCAUCCUAACAAAAGGCCUGCCUACCAAUACAGGCUUCAUAAUUACAUGCUCAGCCGCAAAAUUUCUGAACUUCGCUACCGCACCAUCCAGCUCCACCGAGAGAGUGCUCUGAUGAGCAAGCUCAGUAACAGUGAAGUAAGCAAAGAAGACCAGCAGCUGGGAGUAAUGCCAUCUUUCAAUCACUUCCAGCCUCGAGAGAGAGAUGAAGUGAUAGAAUGGGAAUUCCUGACAGGGAAACUCCUUUACUCAGCAUCUGAAAACCACCCUCCUCGGCAGAGCAUCAACAGCAUCCUUAAAACAGCACUGGAUGACACUGUCCUACAGGUGAUGGAAAUGAUCAAUGAGAAUGCCAAGAGUAGAGGACGUCUCAUUGACUUCAAGGAAAUUCAAUAUGGCUACCGCAGGGUUGACCCCAUGCAUGGGGUGGAGUACAUUUUGGAUUUACUCCUCUUAUACAAAAGACACAAAGGAAGAAAACUGACUGUGCCAGUGAGACGCCAUGCAUAUCUUCAGCAGUUAUUCAGCAAGCCUUUCUUCAAAGAAACUGAAGAGCUAGAUGUCAACAGUCUGGUGGAGAGUAUUAACAGUGACACUCAGUCAUUCUCCUUUAUAUCUAAUUCCUUAAAGAUGCUAACUUCUUUUCAAGGUGCCAAAGAAAUGGGGGGGCACAGUGAAAAGAAAAUACACAUUCUUGUUCCUCUCAUUGGAAGGUAUGACAUUUUCUUGAGAUUCAUGGAGAACUUUGAAAAUACUUGUCUUAUCCCGAAGCAGAAUGUAAAGUUGGUCAUUAUCCUUUUCAGUGGGGAAUCUGGUCAAGAUUCCAACAGACAUAUUGAGUUGAUAAAAGAAUAUCAGAGCAAGUACCCUAAAGCAGAUAUGUCCCUGAUCCCUAUGAAGGGAGAGUUUUCCAGAGGUCUUGGUCUUGAAAUGGCUUCUUCCCAGUUUGACAAUGAUACUUUGCUGCUUUUCUGUGAUGUUGACUUGAUCUUCCGAGGAGAUUUUCUCCAGCGAUGUAGAGAUAAUACAAUUCAGGGUCAACAGGUAUACUACCCCAUCAUCUUUAGCCAGUAUGACCCAAAGGUAACUAAUGGGGGAAACCCUCCUACUGAUGAUGACUUUGUUUUUUCAAAGAAGACUGGAUUCUGGAGAGACUAUGGAUAUGGAAUUACCUGUAUUUAUAAAAGUGAUCUUCUUGAUGCAGGUGGAUUUGAUACCUCAAUACAAGGCUGGGGACUAGAAGAUGUAGAUCUCUAUAAUAAAGUUAUUCUAUCUGGCCUACGACCCUUCCGAAGUCAAGAAAUAGGAGUGGUGCAUAUUUUCCAUCCAGUUCAUUGUGACCCUAACUUGGACCCUAAGCAAUAUAAGAUGUGCUUAGGAUCCAAGGCAAGUACGUUUGCUUCAACGAUGCAAUUGGCUGAACUCUGGUUGGAAAAACAUUUGGGUGUCAGGUACAAUCGAACUCUCUCCUGACAGUCCAGGCAACACAUAUUGCCUUUUUUAAGGGGAGUUUACCUCAUUGUUGGUUGUUGUUAUUUUUUAUUUUAUUAUUGUUAUUUUAUUGUUAUUAUUAUUGUUAUAAUUUUAUUUUGUUGUCCUGGUCUUAACUACUCUUGGUUGUCUUCCAAAGGGUGUUUGUUGACCUGAAGCAAGAAGAGUCUGCAGUUCACUGAUAUUUCAGAUUUCUACUGAAGUCAAUAUAUGUAUUUCUUUCAUAUAUCUUUAUUUGAUACUGAGUUAAAUCAUGGCAAUUGAAUGACUUUUUAAGCUCAUUAACCAUGAGAGACAGCUUAGAAGAAUGUUCUCUUGGGGCUUACAGAUGCAAUAUCAACUUUUAUUUUGUUUAUCAAAUUCAAUGUGAUUUACUGGUGAAAGGUACCACAAAAGUGCUUUAUGCUUCCUAUGGGGAAGGGACUCUGUAACAUAAACUUGAGUUUUGUAAUUUAUACAAGGACUUAAAUAUAUAGACAAUAAUUUUCUUCAUCUUUAGGAUUUUUAAAGUAAAUGAACACCUAUGAUUGUAUGUUUAUUUUUUAAAAAAAAAGUUUUAAAAAUUGAGGAGUUUCGUUCCAUAAGCAAUCGGUACUGGCUACCCUGGUCUUCUGACAAUUACGUACUCCUCACAAUGGUAUGCUAUAAAUGCGAAUGAACUUUAUUUUCUCAAGGAGAUAUGAUUUAAUUAAAUAUUCAUGUACAUUUUAGAAGCUUUAUGAAACAAUGUCCUUCAUUUGCUGGCAAGAAGAUAAAAUAUGACAGAACCUGGU